AUGGAGCUGCAGCAGGAGCAGCUGCAGCACAGGCGGCAGCAGCAGCAGCAGCAGCAGCAGCAGGAGCAGGAGCAGCAGGAAGACCACCACCAGCAGCAGCACCGGCUCUACCUGCAGCAGCAGCACUUCCUCCACCACCGGCACCCGCAGCAGCAGCACCACCACCACCACCAACACCCGCAGCAGCAGCAGCAGCAGCAGCAGCAGCAGCAGCAGCAGCGGGUGCCCGGCUCCACCAGCUGGCGGCAGCACAGCAGCACACUGAGCGGCCCCGAAGCCCAGGGCCUCUCCAGUGCUGCUUCUGGAGCGGAUUCUGAAAGUGCUUCGGGCUUUGAGAGCAGCAGCUGCUGCGGCGUGUCUCCUGCUGCUCGCCGCCGCCGCAGCAGCAGCAGCAGCAGCAGCAGCAGCAGGUACCGCAGGGCCUUCAGCCCCCAGGGCUCUUCUUUUGCUUCUCUCAGCACUGAAAACCUCACAGACACAAAUCGCCUUUUUGCGGAAGCUUCUCGAGAAGGCAGAGAGAGUGCUCCCGACGACUCGGGCCCUGAGCCUGCUGCUGCUGCUGCUGCUGCUGCUGCUGCUGCUGCUGCUGCUUUUGCUGCAGCAGCAGCAGCGGGGGCGGCGGAGGGCGCGGCUGCGGCGCCCGCUGCUGCUGCAGCGAGCCCCCCUGCAGCUUCGGCGGGCCCCGAGAGACGGUCCAAGCCCGGCGCAGCAGCAGCAGCAGCAGCAGCAGCAGCAGCAGCAGCCCCAGCAGCAGCAGCAGCAGCAGCAAGAACUGCAGCAAAGGGGGCCCCCGCAACCCCCUGCCUCGCCCCCAGAAAGCUGCGGCAAAGGGCCCCCCCCAGAGUGGCCUGGGUCAACAGCAGAUUCAUAAGAGAACUCGCCAGCGAUGACCACCGCGCGGGCCAACUCCCCGGCUGCGCCAGUUUUGUUUACUCUGCCUGCCACGUCGAGGGCUACGACUUGCGGGCCAUUUACCAAGAUGCCAUUCAGAAAAAUGUUUUUUGUCGACUUCUGAGUGAACAUAGUGUUUUGGUCUUGGAGGUCGAUAGCUCUCUCCACCUCGCAGACCCGAAGGUACCGAAGUCGCGAAUUCAGCAAGACUGCAUUUACCUGAAGACUGCUUCAAUUGCGGAGAAGCUGUCGGCGUCUUUCGCUUUGGCGCAGUCAAUUCGGCUGAGUGUUUAUGAGUGUUUGAUAAACUUGACAAUAGCGCGGGUUCGCUCCAUUCCCGAGCGGAUGGCUGCGCACGGCAGCGCAGAAGCUUCUUCAGGGUUUAUUUCCGAAAUUAAAUCAAAAGGAUUAAAAGGGUUUUCUUUUUUUUUCAAAAAGAUAAAAACAAUAAAACCCCCGGAGGCCCACGGGGCCCUUUGCGGGGACUUGUUGAAGAACAUCGUCGAAGUCAACAUUGUGCAGGGUACCCGACUUGCAUUUCUUUGCAAGUUUUUCUCCGAUUUCGCUUUUUUUCCGCUCUUUUUGUUUCUUUUUGCGUUUAUUUGCCACUAUUUGUUCUUUCUUUUGUUUUUCUUUUAUUUAUUUUCUUUUAUUUUCUUUUUUGGCGGAAAAAUUGACCCAAAAUUCGCCGCUUGCUCCUCCGCUUCUCCGCGGUGUCUGUACACCCGAAAUGCUGACCCGCGCUUUCCUUUCCUCCGGCGCUUUCCCAGAAACACCAAAUAA